ACCAAAUUACUUUGAAACUUGCACAGUAGUUCGCGUCAAAUUUCCGACGAAGUUUGUCGAAUUUAAUGGUGUUUCAUAAUUAAAACCCUAUAGAUAUUAAACGAAUUGCGUUAUCACAUUUCUUCUUUAUCUGCGUUAUUUAUACAAUAAAGAGGCAUAAUUACGUCAAUCAAGGAAAGUUAUUUAUUUUCCUUUUCUUUUGUGCACAAAUGCUUUUGACAUAGUUUUGACACUUGGUCAGUCAAUAUGGCGGCCUUUUCGCAGCACUAUAGUAAUCGUUUUUCUGAUGUCAAAUAUUUUCUUGGCUAGUCUAUAAUGCAAAACACUUGCACAGAUGUACGUUUGUACUUCGUAAAAAAUCGACAAUGUACAAAGGGGAAUCUGUUAUCGAAUAAGUAUUGAAGUGAAUUUUUGAUGCCUGUGGUACUGAUAGUUCAACAAAUAGAAUAAGCCAAAGAGAAUUAAAAAAAAGUAUAUUGCAAAAAGGAAAACAAAUAAAAUAUAUAUUUGAAUGAAAUUUAAAGUAUAAAAUGUUCGAGUCACCAAGAAGUUUGCAAGAAGUCUGCAUAGAUUUUAUUUGCGAUAAUGUUUUGGCUUUGUGUGAAGUACAUCCUGGUGACACAGGUGAACAUUCAAAUGGAUCAUUCUCUCCCACUGCAUGUGAUCAAGUUAGUUGUACAUUGAGUGAUAGUAGCUCUGAAACUACAACAACAAUACGUACGUUGUCCAAUGAUGUAUCACCAAGUUUGGCUACAAGACUUAGUUUCAAAUAUCCUGAUGCCUUUUUGCCAACUGAAAUAUCAGAACAAUUAUUGUCUAGCCUUUGUGAAAAGAAAACAUUAUCCGAUCUAACGAUUACACUUUUUGAUUCAAAAUCAACUAGAUUAAGGCAUGUAAAAUUAAAAGAUGCAUCUACGCUAUCUGCAAAAGGUUUAAAAGUUCUUAAACAACAUAAAGUUGUAGAUUUGGUAGUAAAUGGCUUAAAAGUCACUGUUAAUGAUCUAAUCAGCUGUUUGGGCGAUUGGAGUUUGCAAAAUCUUAGAUCAUUGAGUGUAGCAAAGGGCAGUUUUAUGGAUUGCUCAAGAUACUGUGUAGUAGUGACACUAAGCAAAUUACGCGCGCUGCAUACUUUGAAUGUCUCAGGAACAGAAUUUAAUAAACAUGGAUUAGAAAUAGUGGUUGAAGAUCUUCCACUUUUAGAAAAUUUAGAUAUAUCAUGUACUAGAGUUGAUGAUAUAACACCAUUAAGAAAAUGUAAAGACCGUUUAAAAACUCUAACUAUGUACAAUAUAAAAAUAAGUGGAUGUGGAAGUCUAAUACCUGUUUUAUUGGAAUUAAAUGAAUUGAGAAACUUGGAUAUUUCUGAUGAAAAAGAUACAUAUGCUUUUGAAAUGUUUGCGCCUAAGAAACAAAAAAUAGGAGAUUUUCUGAAAGCUGUACAUUGUAUGCCACAUUUAACUAGUUUAGAUUUGUCUGGUAAAGAUGAAAUAAAUUCGAAAGAUUUAAAAGAAUUUAUUAAAGCACACCCACACUUGAAAUUUCUUGGUCUUGUACAUUCUGACACUUGUUACGAGGAUAGUUUAAUAAAUCCUGAAAAUAAAGAUUAUAAACCUGACCUUAUCGUCAGUGGUACAGCAACUGAAUCCCAAAUUCUAGAAGCUUUGAGAAGAUAUACUUGUCGAUCAGUUUAUGUUCAAAAGUGUUUGUUUAAUCUGUUUCGUUUGACACCAAAUUUCUUCGAACCACGCGUAGAUGUAAUCAAAUUAGUGCUGCCUGGAAUGCGAGAACAUCCACAAGAAUUUCGUGUGCAAAUGGCAGCAACCGCGUGCCUUUACAAUCUUACAAAAGGUGAAUCAGCAAUAAUGAUUCAUCCAUCAAUUCUUAAACAAAUAGUUGACUUAACAUUGACUGCCAUGGAGUCAUACCCAACUCAUUAUCAGCUACAAAAAAAUACAUUAUUGACACUGUGUAGUGACAGAAUUUUACAAGAUGUUGCAUUUGAUAAAUAUAGGUGUGCAAGAUUAGUAAUGAAUUGUUUAUCGACAUUCGAUGAUGCAUCGAUGAAUCGAAUGUCAGUAGCAAUUUGUUCCAUUUUAGCAGCAAAAAUAUCAACAGCAGAAACAUCUAUGCUUGGUGCACAACCGCAAUAUAUGUCAAAGUUAUUAACAAUGGUCAGAUCAAAAGUUCAAUCUAAAUCAGUUGAUAUUACAAUGAAAUUCACAUUAAGUGCCCUAUGGAAUUUAACGGACGAAAGUGCCACUACAUGCAAAGUUUUUUUGGAUGAGGGAGGAAUGGAGUUGUUUCUUCAAGUACUUGAAAGUUUUCAAGGUGAAUCUAGCGUGGAGACUAAAGUACUUGGUCUAUUAAAUAAUAUAGCUGAGGUUGUACAUCUGAGGCCACGACUUAUGCAAACUCGUUUCAUAUCAAUGCUUUCCUUGCUCUUAGAUUCUGUACACAUUGAUGUAUCUUACUUCGCUGCUGGUAUCGCAGCACAUUUGCUAAGCGAUGGUCCUAGUGCCUGGAGUUCAAUGCUUUCACAACCUAGUAGAGAACAAUUACUAGAUCAGUUAGCUCAUGCUGUUACUCACUGGCAAACUCCACAAGGAGAGAUGGUUGCUUAUAGAAGUUUUCAACCAUUUUUCCCUCUUUUGCGUUGUUCAGAUGCAUAUCCUGUUCAGCUUUGGGCAGUAUGGGCGAUACAUCAUGUGUGCACAAAAAAUCCAAAACGCUAUUGUAGCAUGUUAACCAGAGAAGGUGGAGUAGAAACAUUAAAAUAUCUGGAAGAAACACAUACAGAAAAUACAACACAUCCAAAUUUGCAGUCUUUAUGUCGAUCAAUUCUUGAAACACUGGAAUCAAAUUCUUGUUAACAUCAACCACUGCCUUCCAAAUUGAGAAAUAAGUACCAUGUAAAUGGUAUACUAGUCAAUAAUUAUCUUAUUACAAUCUUGUAUUCUGUUUGUUAGACCAAAUAAUUAAAAUUUCUGUAUGGAAAUGAUAUUCAUCAAGCAAGCAUUGCAAUCAAAACAAGUACAAUUCAGUUCAUUUAAAUUACAUUGAUUAACAUUGAGGGCCUGAGAUGAAAAUAAUUACCUUAGUUAUCUUAGAAAAAUCCGUUUGAUUGAAUUUAAGAAAUGAUUCACUUUACUAAGGCAAUUAUACUGUUAAAAUAAAAGUAUUAAGUCUUGUAACUAAUAGUACUUAUAAUAAAACUGAAUGAUUUAAUUAACGUAA